UUGAACAGUUCACACAGCGGCUCGCUUCAGAGGGUCUGUUCAGUUCAAACAUCGACUCGACACCUGAAACGUUCACGUAAGUCUUUUAACCCUUGAGGACGCCUGUUUGUCCUCUGGCGAGAGCGUGUUUGUGAGAUUUGUGGUUGUAAACUUGAAUGGAUCCUCGGGUGGCUUGGAUUCAGCCCGAACAGAAAGGACCUGCCAACGCUUUAUGGAUGCGCGUGUGGGAAACCUCGCAGAGACGAAACCACCGUCACCCUCUGCAGGGGAACACCUCUGCGCUGGCGGCCGGUUUUGUGAGACCGUUAACGCUGGUUCCCAACACCACACCUGGAAAUCCGGUUAGCAGCUGCACCGGUCAACUUUAUAAUGAUGGUGGUGCCCUGAGACCCCCAAACGGCUGUCCUGGUCCUCCACCUCCGUGUGUCACUCCUGUCGAACUCAAUGGUUGUGACUCGUUAUCACCGAUAUCUUCAGGAGAUUCCGAGAGCGACAGUCCAACAUCAGACUCUUCUUCUGGCUCCGGUGACAGUACGAGCAGUAUUCCAGCCAGACUUCACUUUAACUUCACUGAACACAUGCACAAUGUCAAUAACUGUUUACAACAACAACAUUAUCAGCGCCGACAGACGCAAAUAAUGAUAGAAAACCAUCACAAACACCAUCCAGGACGAAAGAGACAUGACAAUAAAGCGAGCACAUACGGAAUAAAUUACUUUCUGUCCCACUCCAGUGGCAGUUAUUUAUGUGGAACACCUUGGGCAACCAGAAGAUACAGUCCAGGUAUUAAUGGCCUCCAUGAGGAGAUUGUGGACUUUUAUCAUUUCAUGUCUCCACGUCCAGAGGAGGAGGCAAUGAGGAGAGAUGUGGUCAAUCGUAUUGAAGCUGUGAUCAAAGACCUGUGGCCUACAGCAAAGGUUCAAAUCUUUGGUAGCUUCAGUACAGGACUUUAUCUUCCUACCAGCGAUAUUGACCUGGUGGUGUUUGGAAAAUGGGAACAGCCACCUCUACAGCAGCUGGACCAGGCACUCAGGCAGAAGAACAUGGCUGAGCCCUUCUCCAUUAAACUACUUGACAAAGCUACGGUACCAAUAAUUAAACUGACUGACAGAGAGACAGAUGUGAAGGUGGACAUCAGCUUUAAUGUUGAAACUGGUGUCAAAGCAGUUCGUUUUAUAAAGGACCAUCUUAAGAAAUACUCUGUGCUGCCAUACCUGAUCUUUGUACUGAAGCAGUUCCUGCUCCAAAGAGAUCUGAACGAGGUGUUUUCAGGCGGCAUCAGUUCCUACAGCCUUAUUUUAAUGGGCAUCAGCUUCCUGCAGCUUCAUCCCAGAAUAGACUGCAAAGCCUCCAAUAUUAACAUUGGCAUCCUGCUCAUAGAGUUCUUCGAGUUGUAUGGGAGGCAUUUUAAUUAUCUGAAAACGGGCAUCCGUGUGAAGGAUGGAGGAGCAUACCUGGAUAAAGAGGAGAUCGUGAAGGUCAUGGAGAAUGGAUACAGACCCUCAAUGCUGUGUAUUGAGGACCCAAACUUACCUGGAAAUGAUGUUGGCCGGAGCUCUUAUGGUGCCAUGCAGGUAAAGGAGGUGUUCAACUACGCAUAUCUCAUCUUGAGUCACGCUGUAUCUCCACUAUCACGCUCCUACCAUAACAGAAACAUGGAGAGCACAUUGGGGCGCAUCAUUAAAGUGACCCAAGAAGUGAUUAACUAUAGGGAGUGGAUCAUUCACCAGUGGGAAAACAGACACAAUGCCAAGAUGGACAGAAAAGUCCAGAAUGCUGGAGAAGACUCAGAGGAGCAGAACUUGAGUGAGAAGCAGAGAGACUCCUCAUCACCUCACAGUGCAGGCUCACCUGUGUCCCUGUCCAGCCUUAAACAUCACUCUUCGUCCUCUUCAUCUUCCUCUGUGUCCUCAGUCUCUGGUAGUGAUAUUGAUUCUGACCCGCCAAGCAGAGCUUCUGUUCUUCAAGAGAUCUUCCCAGUGUCCUGUGUGAUUGAUGCCAGUCAGAAUCCACAGAGGAAGACAAACACAUCUGGAGCAUUCCUGCUUUCCAGAGGUCAGUCACACCCGCUACUCUGCAAACCGUGUAUGGAUGGGUCAACUUAUGUGAAUGGAGUGGUCCACAUCUCUCCCCCGGUCUAUUCCAGCUCAAUACCCAGCCCCAGUCACCAUGCUAAUUUUCAGAAUGGCCAAAGGUUCAUUGUAAAAGGGGCUCAACACUCCAAUGGUUUUGAGCGCAAUGACAUGCCUGGCCUCAGAGGACAUCAGCCUCAGUAUGGUCGUAGCAGCUGGCAACGUCAGAGGAGGGACACUGCUCUCAUAAGCCUCAGCAGAUAGUGCCACCCACUCUGCUGGGCAUUCCUUUGGUUUCAAAGGUAGCACUUCCACUUAAGAUGGGCACCUCGCCAUGUUACACGUCAUGGCUCUACUGCACUAUUGAGUGUUUCUUCCAGUCCAGCUCUACCUGUGACUACACAUUUGGACUUACCCGUUUUCAUUUUACAUUUUCAUCUCUGUUCUGUCAUGACAUUUCUGUUUGUGUGACAUUGUCCGAUUCCUUUUUGCUUCUCUUUUUUGGGAAUGUUUUUGAUAACCGAAGUCAGUUUGGCAGUACUGCUAGGCUGUGCUUGUUUUUGUACUGUAAAUCUUUACAUUAAGUACCAUCUUUGUGCAAUAUGGGUGUUUUUAUUUGUUUUUAGUUCAAUUUUAAGUUAAUCUUAAGUUUUUUUUAGGUUUAAAUGUAAGAUGACAUCCACUGUGGCUCGCUUUGGAUGUACAAAGAAUUUUAUCAUGUUCAAAUCCCUGUCACAACCAGUUUUAUUGUUGGGAUUGUGGUUUUGUGCAUGCUAAAAUCUUGAAUGUACUACUUGCCCAUCUGCUGGCCUUUCAGACAUGCACUUCAGUUUUUGUGCCAGCUAAUAAUUGCUUUCUACCAAAAUCAUCUCCUCUCUCUCAGACUUGUAUACUGCCAUACGUUUAAUGCUUAAGUCUUACAUGUAUUUAUUUUAAUGCAUUAAAAGGAUAGUUCACCCAAAAUGUAAAUGAUUUAUAAUUUACUCAACUUUUGUUUUGUUUAAAACCCAUAUGACCAGCUUGCAUGGAACACUAAAGAACAUUCAACACUUCCAUUGUAUGGAAAAAUCAUGCAAUGAAAGUGAAUGGUGACUGAGGCUUAUAUUCUGCCUAAUGUCUCAUUUUGUGUUACACUGGAAAAAAAACGAGUCAUUGAUUUUGAAGAACAUGAGGGUGAGUAAAUGUUUUUUUUUUUUUUUGGAUGAGCUAUCCCUUUUUUACAUAUUUGAGGAUGAAAUGAAUGUGCUGACUUUGGUUAACCGAUCAGUAUUCUUUUAAAUUUUGUUUACACAAGGGAUCACUUAUGUCCGUACUACUUAUAGCAGUGCAUGCCCUCCUAACCAGUUCCAUAUUUCCUUCCUUUGGGGUGUUUUCCCCACCCUUAAAUGCAUGUAACAGACUAAUGUUGCCUUUUUGGACUUAUGUUCUGCCACCAGAUGGAGAUCUUGAUCUGUGUGUUGUCCACUUUUUAUCACUUUGAAGGGUCUUGAGAGAGGGUGAGUUUUGUGGCAAUGCAGUUUUUUAACUUUAGCUGUCAAACACUAAACUAUAUAUACAGACCAAAUGCAGUCUUCAAACCUGCAUGCAGGUCCUGGUUGAAUGUAAUGUAUAAUGUCUUAAAUUUAAGACUUGUUUUUCAGUUUACAUUUUUAUGUAUGUUUUGUACUCAAAUUAUUUUUUUAAAUAAACAUUUUAA